AUGGGUGCAAGCGACUCCAAGAUUGUCUUCAAGCAAGGCAUCUUCCGGCUGUCGGAAGAACGGCACAUCCCCGCCGACGACACUUACUGGACCUCGUUUUGGGAGCUUCCCGAAUCCUCAGAGGAUGUAUUCAGCCUCUUUUCCCCGGCCGAUAUUCGCCGGACCCGCGACCGAGCUUUGGAGAAUAUCGAGACACUGAUACUCGCGUUGACGUCACGCUUGUUUAUCCUACGGCACCAUCCAUCGUUCCCGGACCCCGAGCUCGCUCCCGAGCGCGACGCCCUGAACUGCAUCCGAAUCUUGACACGUCUGCUGCCAUACCUCUACGAGAAGGAUAGCCUCGCCGCCUGGGAAGAGCGCUUUUUCUGGGCCGCGCGCAGGAAGAAGACACGGAAAGCCGCCAUCGCGAACGAGAUCCUCUUCGAUGAGGCACAGGCUGACAAGCAAGAAACCAAGCCGGAGGCAGAAGAGUUUGAGGAUGCGAAGCCCCUAGCGGAAGAGUUGAUUGAUACACUGGUCGACCUGCUCUUCUAUUCGGACUUGACAAUCUCUCGCCAGCCGCACGGACACCCCAAGGUGACGUACGCGAUAUGGCAAAGCGGUGUCGGAUGUCACAACGCAGUGGCGACGACCAAAGAAUACGAGAGCAACAGGUGCGAGAUACUGCGACUUCUUCUUGCUCUUGCUGGACAGAGCAUGUACAUGACCCCUUCGGUGCUGCCGCAACGAGGGGUCAGGAGCUUGACAUAUCUAUGCACCUGCCAGGACAAGCAAAUUGUCUUGUCCGUCCUGUGCUCCCUGCUUAAUACCUCACUCAAAUACAACCCGGCAAGCUGGCGUGUACCGUACAACACACUAGUGUUCAAGGACACCAAGCAGAUACUAGUAACGGAUUCGCUGCAGUUUCUGCUAGCCCUGCUUGUGUAUCCUAUUCCGGAAGAUGCACCAGUCCAAAAGAACUUCUAUCGACACUUUCUCGGACGACUCCAUCGACCUCAGGACUUUCAGUUCAUCGUCGACGGAAUGAACCGGAUCCUCAGCCAGCCGCUUCAGGAGAAGACGUCGUACCUGCCAGGGGCGCAAGGAACAGCCAACUUUGCGCCCGAGAUUCUCAUGUUCUUCUGGGAGAUGACACAGUGCAACAAGAGGUUCCGGUCCUUUAUUAUCGACACGGAUCGAGCGCACGACUUUGUCAUCCUCACACUGUUCUACGCGCUCGAGUACAAGAACGACUCUGCCAAGCAAGGAAUCGUUCGCAUGUGCGCCUUCAUGCUGCAGACGUUGAGCGUCGAGCCCAGUUUCGGCAAGAGCCUGAACAAGCGCUUUGAGGGCCAGGAGAGCCUGCCGGCCUGCAUUCGGAUCAAUGGCUUCAGGGGCACUUACACCGAUUUCCUCAUCCACUCCAUUUAUACCCUCAUUACUACCAGCCAGGGUAGCUUCGCGGCCGUAUAUCCGGCGCUCCUGGCCGUCAUCAACAACAUUGCACCGCAUGUCGAGAAGCUUAGUGCUUCUGGCAGCUCGCAGCUCAUGCACUUGUUCUCGUCCAUGUCUUCGCCCUCGUUUUUGCUGGCCAACGAGACCAACCACACACUUCUCCACUCCCUGCUGGAGUCAAUAAGCUGCAUCGUCGAGCACAACUAUCGCAAGAACCCGGAGCUGGUGCUAGCCAUUGUCAAGAACAAGAAGCGCAUCGAGGCGCUGCGCACAUUUACGCUGGAGAGUGGACAGGAGGAACUGGAGCGGCGAAAUAGGCGAAAGAAGGACGAUGGCGAUUCCUUGGACCCAUCAUCAGUGCGCAGCUCUGUCGAAAGCGCAAGGAGUCCGCCGAAUGCUCCGGCCCGUUCGCAGACGCUCGAGGAGGUGCCCGAAGAUGGCACUUUUGCAAUCGGCGACGACGAGGACGACAGCGACGAGGACCCGCAGCCAACUCCAGCACCAUCAACCGUCAGCGAAAACCAGUCACGAAAUUCGUCGACGGUGAAUGUCGACGACGCACUUCCAGUCCAGCUACGGGGCAUGUCCGAGAAGGCGCGUGGCAAGAUGCCGGCGGGAGCGCGCUCGUUCUCUCGCCAGAACAGCACCACAAGCAUCGCGACCCAGUCCACCUCGGCGCCGACGCAAGGAACCUCGUUCGAGCCAACAACUCAGUGGAUUGACGGCUGGCUACCCGAGCUUCCCCUACACACUCUGCUCACCGUUAUUCAGCAAGUGUCGAGCCUCUUGCCCCGACAAGACGGCGGCAAAGACGUUGGAGGGACCGACUUAAUGGCUCGCAUUAAGGAGACGGAGUUUGUCGGUGUCGAACCGUCGCCACCGCGGAUUCAUUCCUUUGAGUGGUCGCAGCUGGCGCUGGCUUGGUACGAAUCGCUCCUCUGGGGCGUCGUGUUUACGAGCGAGAUGCAGAUCGCCAAAGGUACCAUGGGCAUCUGGAACGGCACGUCCAUCAAGCUCUUCCGGGUCCAGGAAACAGCACCCGAAGGGCCGACUCUGACAUCUCCUCGAGGCGCGGUGGAUGCGGUGGGAAGCAAUAUAGUGUCCCGUAUCGGACAGAUCAACAUUCGCGGUGGAUCGGCAAACGCUGGCACCGGUGCCCCGGCGAGGAGCAGCAGCUGA